AUGAGCUCCGACAGUGAUAACAACUACAUCAGCUUUUUUGAUCAAGCAACAGAAUUUCUGGUCUUUGCCGAAUGGGCUUUCGGGCCAGACGGACUACUGGUACUGCAGGCUUUGGCGUUUGGAGACUUCUCCCUUGACGAGCGGUACCCAGGACAGCAGUUUCUAGUGCGGCGGAAAGACCUAUUGGAGAAUUGUAGUGGCGAUGCAUCGGAGCGGCUGUUCGACGAUUUACCUAGUUGCUUACCAUUUUGUCCAGUGAGCAUGACCGAUCCCUUAACUUGGGAUGGGGUCUCCUUAGACGGGCCUCGACUUAUCACCGCAUGCCCAGGUGGUAGCUUAAUUGAGUCCCCAUAUGAAAUAUAG